UCUGGCUGUACUUCAUCCCCUCGCGUGCAGCUUAAACAAACAGGCAAGUGUCACAUAGCUACCUUGAAGGGGCGUCGUGUCUUCAACACUAAAGGGUAGAAAUCUUGUUCUGCUCCUGUAUUUCGCUCUUUAUGGUCAACUGUUGAUUAAUUCAUGCAAAAAUGAGGCUCAUGGCUUGCUACACUACACUGUUCCUGUCUCUCUUCAGCCUGACUGACCAGACUAAAGGUCGACCUAAACCCCUAGUGGCUCAAGGGACGGACUGCAGCAACAUCAAAGACCUCUUCCCCACUGCAGCCAGUGGAGUCUACCUCAUCCAGCCCCUGGGAUUCAAUGUUCCUUUCAAGGUGUUCUGUCGGAUGCUCCCUGACGGAGGCUGGACAGUGUUUCAGAAGCGUACUGGCGGAGCCGUUUCCUUCGACAGGAAAUGGGCCGAGUACAAACAUGGCUUUGGCAGUCCACGAAAGGACCACUGGCUUGGCCUGUGUAAAGUCUACGCUAUAACCAAAGCAGCCGGGACCAGGUGGACCAUGAAGGUGGAUCUGAGGGACUUUGGAGGGGGCGGAGCCUUUGCUGAGUACGAUGACUUCAAGCUGGGUGGCAUGAGGAGUUCCUACAGGCUGACGGUUGGAGACUACAGGGGAAACGCAGGCGACGCAAUCCGUGGAGGCUCUGCUGGUGCUGACCAGAACGGUUUUGGCUUCAGCACUAAAGAUGUGGACGCAGACGGCUGUUCUCCCUGCAUCUUCGGUGACAUUGCAGUGAAUAAGUGCACUUCUUUUAUGGGAGGGGGUUGGUGGUACAGUCGCUGUGGAUCUGCCAGCCUCAACGGUGACUGGCACCCUGCCGGAGAGAACCGGGGAUGGGCGUCUGGCCUCCACUGGCUCACCUGGAGGGGGCCCGGACCAUACUCAGCCAGCGCCUCACGCAUGAUGAUCAAGGCUAUGGGGGACAACACAGCCCCCUCCUGAUGAGGAUCAAGGAUGUUUAUAUCAUUCUAGUGUGUUUGGAUCACCUGUGUCCUUGUUUGCCAUUGAACUAGACAUUUGAGGGGAAGAAGGCUUUUCAUUCAUGCGGUGUUUAGACUAUAGAUUGGGAUUGUGGUAACGAUGAAUCCAUUCCUUCGGAUGUUCCAAACCAACCAGUAAUUUACCAGUUUACACUGGGCCUAUAUUGGGGGGCUUUCAACCAGUUUCAAAAGAAUCCUAUAACUUGUUUAAUGUGUGUAAAAUAAUCAGAACUAUCAAAACAGUAAAAGCACACAGACGUCAAUCAUCCCCAUGCAGUGUAUAGUCCUGUAAUGUGAAUAUUAAUAUAGAUAUGCUUAGGACAAAGAAAUGUGCGGCAUUGCUGUUUAAAUG